CGACGCAUGCGUACUGGGGUUCAAAAUGUUGCCGCUGUGUUAUAAACUCUUCCAGGUAAACCAGCGACACUUGAUUUUAACCUCUAAAGUGUGUGUCCACCACCUCCACACCAGUCAUACUUGCCGAACAUAUUGCAGCUAUGAUUGUCUUUACCCUGGGCACAUCCACACUACACCCUUCCAGAAAGCCUUGUUGGCUGUUGGAUCUGGCGUCACAGCCCUCCAAGACCCUUACCGACAUGACAUGGUCGCGGUGCUUGCGGAGACUACAGGACACCAAGCUCUCAUCAGUCUCAGGGACAGGAUGAAAAAUGAUCCUGAAGGCUAUACUAUCCUAAUAGACAGACCGAAAAUCCGUCUGUCUACACUUGAUCUGAAAAAGAUGGCCUCAUUGCCCAGCGGUUCUUUAGGGAGAGAGUAUGUCCGUUUUCUGGAGGACAAUAACGUGACCCCGGACUCAAGGGCAGAAGUGAAGUUUGUGGACAAUGAGGAGCUAGCUUACAUCAUGCUAAGAUACAGAGAGGUCCAUGACUUGUUGCACACCUUACUGGGCAUGCCCACCAACAUGCUGGGUGAAGUGGCUGUGAAAUGGUUCGAAGCUGCUCAGACGGGGCUUCCCAUGUGUGCUCUGGGAGCUGUUUUGGGACCACUUAGACUCAGUACAAGCCGUUUACAGUCACUGUUUACUUCAUUGGGCCCUUGGGCUCUGCAGAAUGGCAGGCAGGCCCGCUGUGUCCUCAGCAUCUUCUAUGAGAGGCGGUGGGAGCAGAGCCUCGAAGACCUCAGGCAAGAGCUCAACAUCGACCCUCCGCCUGUCAUACUCAAAGCUGCAAGCAAGAAGCUGAAAGACAGCAAAACCGGUUCCUGAACCAUCAGUUCCUCGAUCUUGCGGAUAGUUCAGGGACUACUUGUAAAUGACUAAACUGUGGAGAAACCAGAAAAAUUUCAAGUGUCAGACUCUGGAAUUUUUGACAAGGAUAUAAAUAUCUACUGAGGAAGUGGGAAAAUUUAGUUCUUUGUAAAAAUCAAAAUUUUUAUUUUUGUAAUCAGCUCCUGGCUUGAUGCGUCAGCUGAUGAAACGUCCUAUUUAAAGAGGUUUCGUUGCCAUCUGUUGUUACGAAUUUGAUGUGAAUUGUUUAUUCAGUCCCAAAUAAAUGUUCAUGAUUAGCUCUUGA